CAUGAAUGAGGAAAUGAGGCCCUGUCACGAGGUGGUGUGGAAAGAAGGCAAGCACAAUAAAGCUGGUGACACAAUUCCGGUGUGGUUUUGCAACGAAACUACGAGUCACAGUCAGACAGGAAGAGGAGGUGUCAGAAAGGGGAGGAGCUACAAGGCCCACCAAGUGUCAAAGUAGUUGAGUGUGAUGGCGAUGAUGGAAGACUUCAUGGAGAGCGCGGUGGUGCAGUGGGUGCAGCUCUUUGAGAAGAUGGUGGCAGCAGAGAAAGGUGUUCCAGUCUACAUGGAAGGUUCCCACGAGGCCAAGAACUGCUACCUCAGGCUGACCAAUGGCAUUUUCCUCAACGAGGUCAUGAGGAUCAUAGACCCCAACCCCAGGGUGGAGAGGCUGCAUGACAGCCAGACAGACGACUGCAUGCAGCGCAUCCAGAACUUCUCCAUUUUGAAUCGACACCUCAGAGCCUUCUACCAGGAGGACCUCCAGCAGUUAAUACUGAUGCCUCUCCCCAACGUGGCCAUCCUAGGGCAGGACCCUCUCACAGAGGCCGCCGGGGAAGAGCUGAGACGCUUGCUGCUGCUGCUACUAGGAUGUGCCGUGCAGUGUGAACACAAAGAGACCUUCAUCCAGCAGAUCCAGUCCCUGGACUUUGACACUCAGGCUGAGCUGGCCAGCUGUAUUCAACAGGUGACUCAGGACCCUCGCUCUGUGCUGCCGCUCCAGUGGGAGGAGCUGCUGGAGGUGGAGGGUGCAGAUCUCAAGCUGGUGUUUAGCUCCAUGGCUAAACACAUCCAGAGCAUGCUGGCCCAGAGAGACACACACCUGGAGCGCCUGGCAGAGCUGCGUCGGGAGCGAGAGGCCCACACUGACUCGCCUCUGGGCGUUCACAGUGAGGAGCCGCUCCAAGGUCUGGCACUGCAGCUGGCAGACAGCAAGGCCAGAGUGCGUCGCCUGAAACAACAACUGGAUGACAAAGGUGAUCAAUUGUUGGACUACAAGCAGGAGAUUCACAUGAUGGAGGAAGAGAUCAAAAAGCUGCAGAAAAAGAGCCGCUGCCUGCAGAACGAGGCGAGGGUCAUGCGGGCCAUGCGGGACGAGCUGGAUUGUGUUCGUGAGCGAGCUGCACGGGCCGAGCAUCUCCAACAUGAAGUCCAGAGCUGCAAACAGCGGCUGCACGGCCUGGAGAUGACACGCACUCAGCUCAAGGAGCAGCAUCAGCUGUGUGCAGCACUGCAGGAGACCAAAGGUCUUCUGGAAGGCCAGCUGGCCGACGCCAGGGCGCGAUGCUCCUCACUGAGGGAGCUGGAGAAGGACAACCUUCUGCUGCGUCAGCGGAUGGCGGACGUAGAAGCGGAGCGUGACACGGAGAGGCAGCGCGUUGACGAGCUGCUGGAGAUGAACAUAAGCCUGGAGGCGGACCUGCGGCAGUGCGGCGGCAGCGGCGGAGGCUUCGGCGCUCUUUCUCACCGCCGCUUCCUCCAAUCAGCGGAGGACUCCGACGAGGAGCUGAGGGAGCUGAUUGACCACAAGCCGCUGAGCGUGGAAGUGGGCGAGGCGUCGGCGCUGAGGCUGCUGGGAGCCGAGCAGGAGAACCAGCAGCUUCGGAGACGUUUGGAGGAGCUGCAGGCCCAGCAGGAGUUCCACAACUUGAAGAACGAGAACGCCACCUUGACGCGGCAGCUGGAAGAGCUGCGAGCCAAGCAGGAGGACGUCCAGAGGGGGGUCCAGGGAUCCGAAUCCCGCAGGGGCGAGGGGGAAGGAAUGGUGAGGUUGAUGGAGGAGAAGGAGCGACGGCAGGAAACGGUUGUGACUCAGAGGGAAGCGGGGGUCGGGGAAGAGGUUCUCCACGUCGGAGGGAAAGCGGGUGAGGAGAUCCUGCCCAAAGGUAGAGAAGAAGCAGAGGGGGACCAGGUAGACGUGCAAAAGGUGGAGGCACCACCAGACAUCCACCAACAGCCGGAAGAUGGAGAACCCCGUGAAGAACCCCCAGCUGCAGACCAGGCUGUCGGCCGUCUUUCCGACUCUCUCCAUGAGGCCCAGAGGGAGGCUGACCGGCAGGCGCUGGUGGCCCAGGACCUGCGCUCCGAGCUGGCCGUGCAGAGCAGGAAGACUUGGGAGGCUGAGCAGAGGCUGGCGCUCCUGGAGGCUGAGAUGCAACACCUGAGGAACGCCGCAGACGACCUCCAGGAGGCCCGCAGGCGGAUGGAGGUGCUGCAGUCAGAGGCUCAGGUAGCGGAGGAGGAGUUGACUCGACUGCGUAGCCAAGCAGAACUUCACAGCAUGCAGACAACACUCAUUGCCAGCCUGGAGGGCGAGCGGGCGGCACUGGAGAGAGACCGGGACACCCUGCGCACCUCCCUGGACGCUCUGCGCACCACCCAGCGCAAGAGCGAGCAGUUAGCGCUGACCGCUCAGACCCUCAAGGCCGAGCUGGAUCGCCAGGGCCGCACUUUGGAGACCCUUCGCCGUCGAGAGGAGGAGCUGGAGGCGGAGCUGCGUGACGCCGCCCUGGAGGCCCAGUCGGCGGCCCGGGCGCGGGACCAGGCGCUGCUGGACGUGCGGCGCCUGGAGCAGGACAAAGAGGCGUGGCAGACGGAGCUGGACGGCGUGCGGAGGGACGGCAGGCAGCGGGAGAGGGAGGCGGCCAGGCUGAGGCAGCAGCUGGAGAGCACCAACGCCGCGCUGGAGCAUAGCAACCAGCGAGCGCGGGCUUUGGAGGCUGAUCACAGGUGUGUGUGUCAGCAGCUGUCCGAGUCCAAGGAGCACUGCGCUGGGCUACAAGACCUGGAGAGUGAGCUGGGCACUCGAUUGGGCGAGCUGGAGGCGAGUCAUCAGCAGGCGCAGGAGCAGUAUGCAGAUGCACAGGCCAGGAUUAGGUCACUAAUGCAGGAUCUGUCCAGCGAGCAGACUUGUUCUCACAAUCUUUCCUCUGAAGUCCAACGUCUAAACCAGGAUCUCCAAAAAGCUCAAAAUGAACUAAAAAGUGCAACGGACACCCUCAAGCGACCACGGGAGUCGACCACACGCUCUCUGGACGAAAGCGGACCUCGUCUCCAGUUGGGAACGAAAAGGGAUUGUAGUCCAAAUUCGGAGCCUUCAAGCAUGGAUGCCUCUCAGUCCCCUGAAGACCACACAAGUCAGGACCUGGCUGUGACCGCCCAGGAGUCCACAGAGAGCCCGCUCAGUCCCAGGUGGUUAGAGCUGGAAAAAGAGAGAGCCGUGGCGCAGGCAGGACAGGAGGCGUUGUUGUCUCGCCUGUGCCAGUCCCAGGAGGCCUGCCAGCACCUGAGGGAGCAGCUGGAGGCGCUGCGUCGACACUCGCUCGGCCUGCAGGACUCGUGUACGCGCCUGCAGACGCUCAACACUCAGCUACAGGUGGAACAAGCCACUCUGAACUCCCAGCAUGCAGCGGCGCUGGCGCGCUCCGGCGAGAGCGAGGCCAGGUGUGCGGCGCUGCGGGCCGAGUCCGAGGUGUGGUCACGGGAGCGGGAGGAGUCGGCGGCCAGGACGGAGGCCCUGAGGCGGGACCACGAGAGGAUGAUGGCGCUGCAGCAGCGUCAGGAGGCGGAGCUCGAGGAACUCCUGGACAAACACUCCCGCUUACGCGGCGUCCACCGCAGCCUGGAGGCGCUGCACAGAGAACUGGAGGGCAGCCACAAAGAGCUGCUGGACGCUAAGAGCCAGCUGGAGGAGAGAGAGCGAGAGAUGAAAAGGGCGAGAGAGGAGAUGGAAGCUGAAGCCCAGCACAGAUUGGAAAGCGAGCGAGAGCUGGAGAGGCUGAAGGAAGACGGCGAGAGGCUGCAGGCCCAGCAGAAGGAUCUGGUGGCGUCGCAGGCAGAACUGCUGGCUCAGGGCUCCAUGCUGAGAGGAGAGCUCAGCUCCUCCCAGCUGGAGAGGACUCGUCUGGAGGGCGAGCUCAGCACCUUGAGGGAAGCCAACCAAAGUCUGGACCUCAGCAACGCCCGCCUCACCAGCCAGUACCAGCUGCUGAGCCAGCUGAAGGGGAACAUGGAGGAGGAGAACCGACAUUUAGCCGAGCAGAACCGCAGCCUGCUGGCGGAAAACCGGGCCUUACUGGAGCAGAGCCUGGAGCGCCGUGACCAGCACUAUACUCAGCAGAAGGAAUAUCAGGAGAAGCUGAGCGAGCUGCGUAGAGAGAAGCAGAAGCUGGUGGAGAAGAUCAUGGACCAGUACAGAGUUCUGGAGCCCAACGUGCCGCCUUCACCCAAGAAGUCCAACUGGAUCGCCGAGCGCGUGAAGAAGCUCAUCAAACCUCGGGGAGGAGCGCGGGGGGGACGCCUCGUCAUGGCCGCCUGCAGCGUGGAGAACCUGGCCGGCGGCCACCACUUCACCUGCGACACACCUGAGCCAGAUCCCUGCAGUGCUCCGGGUUCCCCGUGUCCCCUGAGAAAAGCUCCGGCGCACUCGGAACCAGACAUCUCUCUUCCCGCCACUGCGGCCCCACGCUCCGGCGCCAGGGGCCGGCGCAAGUUGGGGUCCCGCCACGGUUGGGGCUUGACCAGAGGAGGCGGGGUUUCUCAGUCCUUCAGCCCCGGCGACCACAAGACCCCGCCUCUCCGCCGCCCGCUCUCCGGACACAGCGGCCCCUCCUCGGCCCCCCGGGUCCUUUGGGAGGGGGCGGGGGGGCCAACCAGCGCCCCCCAGGUGGCGGAGGUCACGGUGGACAGCCCUGAGGAGGAAACAUGAUGACUUUCUAGCGGGGGACUCACUCAGGAUGCUUGCUCACUAGGAAAUAUUUAUGGGACCUUUUGGAGGAAAAUAUUUACAAUAAUGAUUUAUUUUGUAAUUAGUUUCUCUCCACUCGUAUAUAUAAAUGUCCUGCACAUGUACUAGACAGUCAAUGGUAUAUAUAAAUGGUAUAUAUAAAUCAGAG